CUAUAAAAUUCAAGGAUAUUCUUCCGAAACUGAUGAAGCUUUGCAAGAUCUUAAUUAUAAUUGACGGCCUUGAUGAAGACAAUGAAAGUUCUAGAAGACUUGUCCAGAGUCUAUUGCAAGAAUUUAAGUACUGUUCUAAUAUUGCUUUUCUGUGCACUUCACGACCAGAAAAAGUUGAGAACUUUAGGAGAACAAUCCCUGCAGAGUACACUGUGCAACAUGCAACACUACAUGGUAUAUCUAGGACAAAUGUGGAACAAUUUGUGCGUCUGAACCACCAGGAGAUAACCAAACAAACAGGGAAUAACAGAAAUACUGAUGAACUGGUAAGGAGAGUGAUGAAGUCAGAAGGACUUCAAGAACACUUAAGACUACCAAUGAACUUGAUUCUUAUGAUAUACAUCUGGGACGACGACCCUGACCAGCUAAACUUAACAUCUGUCACUCACACGCAGCUAUAUUAUAAUAUUCAUCAACUGUGUAAACACAAGUUAAAACACAGACUGACCAACCAUCAAGAUACAAAGGAUAUAGAUGACAGGAAAUUAAAGGUUAACAUUGACAAUGUUUUGAUAACAAUAUACAAGACAGCGCUAGAAAGUCUUUCACGUGAUCAGAUAAACCUUGAGGAAGAAACUGUAGAUAAACUGAUAUCUACCUGUGAUAAUUGGAGUUUACCUUAUAAAGAAGUGUUGUCAGCGUUCCUUUGUUUAAGACCAACAUGGACGAUGCUGGGGAUCCAGGAGCAGUACUCAGCUCCUCACAAGGGUAUACAAGACUACUUCGCUGCUCUCUAUAUUGUCAACAAGCUUAAGCAACAGUAUUCUACACCUACACCUGCCUCAGCUACACCUGCCUCAGCUACACCUGCCUCAGCUACACCUGCCUCAGCUACACCUGCCUCAGCUACACCUGCCUCAGCUACACCUGCCUCAGCUACACCUGCCUCAGCUACACCUGUCUCAGCUACACCUGCCUCAACUACAUCAGCCUCAGCUACACCUGACACACCAGUCAGUAUUAAGAGAGUGUUAGAAGUCAGCAUCAGGUCAGGUGAGGUAGACAUAAACAAGUACCAGAAUGUUGUGAUACAUGUGGCUGGGCUGCUGCACCUGGUACUAGACCAGGUACCUGAGACAGCUGCACGGGAAGUGGUUCAUCUCCUACAAGAGUCUGGUAUGAGAGACAACGACCAGUGGCUCCACCUCCUUGACAACACUAACAUGUCUCCAGUAAUUGUCAAAGAAAUAUCGCACUUAUUUAACACUAAAGAAACAAUUGAGGUACGUGAUGGACGUGUGAGAAGCUACGCUGCUCUCCUGCCUCACCUCAGCUCCUGCGAGGUGGUGAUUGAUAUUAAUGAUGACCCAGGUGACCUGCCUGACCUGCCUGACCUGCCUGACCUGCCUGACCUGCUGGCUGCCCUCACCCACCACCACUGUACAAGACUGGAACUGUCCCACCACUACUAUCAUGCUGACACAACCACCACUGAUGACAACCUCCUCGAACUUCUACCACACCGGAGUCACCUGGAGGUGUUCUGGGGUUGUCUUACUGGUGGAGGAGUCAGACUACUGCAGGAGUGUCACAACCUGAGGUCACCUCCGCCUGGCUGUGGUGAGUGACCACCAUGCUGGUUGUCUCCUGCCACAACUACACCACACUGUUACCUCCACACUACAUCAACUUGAGUGGCUCAGUAAGUGUUACACUCUGUACUGUACUCACCUAGUUGCACUCACCUAGUUGAGGUUGCAGGGGUCGAUUCCAAGCUCCUGGCCCCGCCUCUUCACUGGUCGCUACUAGGUCACUCUCCCUGAACUGUGAGCUUUAUCAUACCUCUGCUUAAAGCUAUGUAUGGAUCCUGCCUCCACUACAUCGCUUCCCAAACUAUUCCACUUCCUGACUACUCUGUGGCUGAAGAAAUACUU